AUGUCGAUUGACAAAAGCCCUUCGUCAUCUCUGGCUGGUAUCACUGCUGAGCCGCCGUCACUCUCUCCUAAUCUCGGAAGUGAUGAAACUCGAGUUCGUGCGCCAUCCUUCGGCCCGCUACAACACCGGUUACGGAAGCUUAGCACGCGUCUCUCUCGGUCAUCGAGAUCCGACAGCUCAUGCAGUAUUCAAUCACUUUCUGCUGCUGAUAUAAAGGGAGCCCUCGGUCUGAACUUGCUUCAUGCGCCCUCGGAACCAGCAAUCGACUUUGUGUUCAUUCACGGUCUGGGUGGGGGAUCGAGGAAAACAUGGAGUCAUUCAGCCGAUAUUGGCAUGUUUUGGCCUAGAGACUGGCUGCCAAAUGAGGCCGGCUUCAAACACGUCCGCAUUCAUAGCUUUGGGUACAACUCAGACUGGACAACACGGAAGGACAGCCGGUUAACAGUCCAUGACUUUGGACAAGCGUUGCUUGCCGAUCUUCACAACUCCCCUUGCCUUCGCAAGAAUGGCGAUACACCGAUUGUGUUCAUAUCUCAUAGCAUGGGUGGCUUGGUGGCCAAAAAGGCGUACCUCAUAGCCACGCGUGAUCCGAACUACGAAACUAUCGGGAAGAGGAUCCAUACUAUGUUAUUCUUAGGCACGCCUCAUCGCGGAGCUGAUUCUGCAAGUGUCGCGAGAUUGGUCCGUCAGUCGGCUGGGUAUGGCUCAAAGGCGUUUCUAGAUGAUUUGAUUCCCGGCAGUGGAACACUAGAUCAAAUCAACGACGAAUUCAGACAUAUUUGCCACAAUAUUAACCUCUGGUCUUUCUUUGAGAGUUUGCCAACGAGUUUCGGCCCCAAAUCAUCCUUAAUUGUCGAAAAGGAAUCUGCCGUCCUUGGGUUACCGAGAGAACAUGUUCAGUAUCUUGAGGCCGAUCACCGACAAAUGUGCAAAUUCGAUUCGCCAAGCAAUCCGAACUAUUUGACUCUACAACGAGCCUUCAAAACCAUAGUCGAAGAGAUCGGGACUGUCACUUUAGUCCAAAGCCAACAGGAACAUAAAUCCAAAAUGCGAAAAAUUGCUGCAUUCCUGUGUAUUGACCAACGGCCGGACGCAGUUCUUCUUGCUAUAAACGAGAAGCAGCACCUCGGAUCCUGUACGUGGUUGACAGAUAGUGAUAGAUUCCAGAAAUGGAUCGAUGGGCCAAUCGGUCAUUGGGCCGACAAAGAGUCAUUGUCAGAGCCUUCUAGAGAUCUAGAGUCUAAGCGUUUAUGGCUCAAUGGCCGCCCCGGGACCGGGAAGACUAUCGCUGCCGGCCAUGUAAUCCGACAUCUCCAAUCUCGCAACCUUGACUGCAGCUUCUUCUUCUUCAGGCACGAGGAAACUUCUUCCUCCACUCUAGCCCUUUUGAUGAGAUCCCUAGCAUUCCAAAUAGCCGAUUCAAACUUUGAGGUGCGCCAGGCUCUGGCUUCUAUGGCCGAGGACAACAGAACCCUCAAGUUUGAGGAUCACUAUUUGCUCUGGGCAACUCUUUUCAACGAAUGCAUUUUCAAAGCAAAAUUUGACCGGCCUCAAUUCUGGGUUAUAGAUGCGAUUGACGAAUGCUCCUCCGAAGACCUACCUGGCUUGAUUUCCAUGCUGUCCCACAUGGAACAAACGUUACCCAUCCGAGUCUUGGUUACCAGCAGACCUGGUGGGCAAGUUAGGCGGUAUUUAACACUGGAACGCACGGAUUUUGUGGAGAUCGUCACAGGCGAAGAGGGUUCGCUUAGAGACAUCGAAGUGUUUGUUGAAGCCAUGUUUCUUCAGACAUAUGAUGCUGAUCAAUACGAUGGCAUACAGAAUCUUGUCGCCGAUGUUCUGACAAAAGCAGAUGGCAAUUUCUUAUGGACGUCCCUCACAGUAGCCCGUCUGGAGAAUGCAUACAGUGUAGAAGACAAGCAAGAUGUUUUGCGACAAAUUCCGCCGCAGAUGGACGAGCUUUAUUCCCGCACACUCGAUUUGAUAUCCCAAUCACCUAGCGCUGAGCUGGCCGAAUGUGUGUUGAAGUGGGCGAUUUGUUCGCCAAAAUCGCUUCACAUCAACGAGCUAGCCGAGGCUGUGAAACUCGAUGUCGGGAAGACUUUAGCAGCCAAUGGAAGGGAGCUGGAGAGCAUGACGGGACACCUCAUUGUCGUGGAUGGUCAGUCAUAUAUUCGCGUCGCCCAUCUAACGACAUCAGCCUUCUUAAGCCAAGAGAGAGACAAGGGCUUCUGGAUCGACACUGGGAAAGCGCAUUUAGAAAUUGCUGAAACAUGUCUCGACCUGCUGUGCAGUUCGAAUUUUGCGCCACCAAGAACGCAUCGAGGAGUCGCAGCGGCCAGGAUGCCUUCUCUUUCACCACUAUCAGAAUAUGCUGCACUGAGCUUCCCUUACCAUCUCGCUCAAGCCUCCUCAGCCACUGGAUCUUCGCUUCUCCUCCUAGCAAAGUUCUUCACUACAAAUGUCCUGACCUGGAUUCAACGAACAGCUACAGCUGGGAACCUGUGGACCUUGCAGCUCACUGCACAGAGGCUCAAGACAUACCUGGGCCGCCUAGCCAGAUGUCAAUCUCCUACCAGCACGGAGUUCCACACUAUCGCAACAUGGGCAAAUGAUAUCUACCGCAUCCUCGCCGUAUUCCAUUCUAUUCUUCUCACCUCUCCAUCUUCAAUCCAUUUUCUCAUCCCGCACUUCUGCCCUCCCAAGUCGAUGAUUGGGCAGAUCUUCGCAAAAUCAACCAAGCGACUUCGAAUUGCUGGUCCGAGAGAAGAAGAUUGGAACGACAGAUUGACAGGAUACAUAUUCUCAGAAGAGGCGUAUGCAAUCGCCUGCUGUACUCGCCUACUGGCUGUUGGUCUUGCCAGCGGAGAGAUCAGAUUAUUCCACCUUGCUGGGUCGGGGGCAUUCGAUGCAGCUGCUACAUUGAAUCACGGGAAGAGGGUUCGUCUGCUUGCCUUCAACCGAGCUUCUUCAGUACUAGUCUCAUGUAGUUCUCGAAACCUACAAAUAUGGGACACCCACCGGUCUCCAGAACCUAUCAGGCUAUCUCCCGUUUGGUCACGAACUAUCGACUUCACUCCAGGAUCAAUUUCAUUCGACCAUGACGAAGAAAUGAUAAUUCUUUCCAAUCCUCAUGGUACCUCUUUGGUGAUUUACGAUAUCAAAGAUGGAAAAGAAGCAGAGCGGAAACUUUUGCAUGUCCCCUCGGUCUGGGACUCAGACUCGUCGGAUGAAAACGAUAACAAACUUGGUUUAUGGACACCAGCAAUGCAGAUACGACUCGACUCGGACCACAAGCUUGCAGCGUUAUCUUACAGACAUUCUUCAGUCUCAAUCUGGGACUUGAAUACUUCUGUCUGCGUCGGCAACUUUGAGAAAGACAAUUUCAACUAUGUUUACGCUACCUCACAAGUUCUGGACAUGGUGUUCAAUCCAAUUGCUGAGGUCGAGCUGCUAGCAAUAUCAUACAUGGACGGCGACGUGGUAACUUGUAAUCCAUGGACACAAGACCAAGCAAACAAGUAUCACCUGCAAACAUUGCUAUCUGCUCUAUCCACUAGCUCCGAUGGCAGGGUUCUCGUAGGUGCUGCAGAGGACGGAGGCAUCUACCUUUUCCUCUUUGAGACCUUGCAGCCAAUUUACCACAUUCAACUACCAGGAGAUCAACUAAGAAUCAGAGAUAUCGCAUUUUCAGCAGAUAAUCUCCGUUUUUACGACAUCCGGGGGCAAUGCUGCAACGUCUGGGAGCCGAUUAUCCUCCUUUCCAAAGAGGAGUACGAUGACGACUCCCUAGAAAUUUCAUGUUCCAGAGAAGAAGUUGCCCUUCCGGAAAUAAAAGCAUCCCGUUCUCAUGUGUAUCAGUGGGGAGAAAGCAUCACGGCCAUCGAGCCAGCCAACGACAUGUUACUCGUCGGGCGCCAGGAUGGCACAAUUGAUGUCAGUGAUCUGACCACCGGCGAGAUGGUCGAGAAGCUCCGGAUUCACGAUGCAUUUGCAGAGAUAAAAUCAUUAGACUGGAACGAAGACACGUUGAGGCUGAUGCCGUGA